AUGCGCAGUUCAUUUUUAAAAUGGCGGCCGUACAGGGUGGUCUGGUCGACGCGGUAGAAGAGAAAGAAAUAAAAUCAGAACCUCCAAAUGAUGGCAGUGGAAACAGUAAUGCAAACGACGGCAGACUUCUUUCUCCGUCCCCCAGCUCCAGUGCUUCGGCUGGAAGUAACAAGAGUGCGGCGGGAGCCCCGGAAGACCAACAGACGCUGCUGGCCGUCCUGCAGUUUCUAAGGAAGAACAAACUCACCGAGUCCGUCGAAAUUCUGCGUCGUGAAGCGGGAUUACCGGAGGAUUCACCGGAUUCAAAGGGGUCUGAGUCAUCCGGGGCAGGUUCUGGUGCAGCAGCGGGCAGUGCGGACUCGGAAGGCGGAGAUGUGAGUUCUCUCCUGAGCCGAGUCACCGGUUCCUUAUCCUCCGCUGCACCCCAGGCGCCGGUCAAAGGUACGACCUAACGGAUGUUUCAGGAGAGAAACACGGUUAUAUACUUUAAAUGUUGUAAUUUCUGAGUGAUAUACUGUCCAGCUGCAGUCCACUAAAGUUUAGGGUAAAAGUUUGACUCCAGUUAAACAUUUUAGAGAUGUACAAUGAUUAGCAAAACAGCCCUGUGAAAAAAAAAAGUUUUAAAAUAUUGAUCCAAAGUUGUUGUUUUUUUAUCGUUUGCAAAUCAAAUCAAAUCGUUUGAAACCUAUCCACAAAUCGAGAUAAGUAGAUAAAACAUAUCAAAUGGCGCAAUUCUCCUUUAAAAUUUAAAAGAUGGAGCAAUAAAUUUGUAAAAGGUGGAAUGAGGACAACAAAGAAGAGAAAAAUGUGCUGAAAGACUCAAAAACAUUCCCCAAGUUAUUGAUGUGAGCUUGCAACAGUUUUCUAACCUGCAACAGGUUAGAAACAUGGCUGGAGGAAAAGAGAGAGACUUUCACUGAAAUAAAGAUGGUAAGAGGUUCACCAAUCUGUCAAAAUUUGUGGUAAAUAGUUCAACAAUUUCACCCACAAGUGUAAGUGUCCAUGUCACAGGCUGCUUUCACAUGUGAUAGAGCACCAUGUUUAACUCUAAACAACAUAUUCAGGUUUUGAGGCUCUGCCAGCCUGUAUCAGAGAACACUUGUCUGGCAAAACAAUGCCAAACCACAUUCUGAUUAUACAUUAGAUAUUGUCAAGAAGAUGGAUUUCUCUUGUGUUCCUUCCUGAUCAAGUUUUUUUGACAGCUUUAUCAUUUGUCCUUACUAGCAAAAACCACUUGGUGCUUAUGUCUCACUGUUAUGGACUUUAAAAAACAAAAAUCUUCCAUUUCUUCUCAGAUGCCAACAUCAGAAAUGCAAACUAGGGAUAACUUUUCUUGCUCAAAAGACUAUUUCUUUAAUUAAUAAGUUGAUUAUUUGGUAGUUAAGAUGAAAAAAUGGGGAAAAAGACACGCCAUGCCUGUCAUGGCUUGAUUGCUACACUCUUUAAUUUUAUCCACCAUCUGAAAAAGAGAAUCAACAAACUGGUUUUCUAAAGAAUAAACUUGUACAGAAUAUAAAAUGAUCAAAGUCUUUUAACAUUUUGGUUCAAAUAAAUAUUCCUAUUGAGGCUAUGCUUGGCACUGGACAACAUCUCAUCAUUUCAUACCUGCUCUGUCCCUUAAAGAUAGAGCGCUCAAGUGAAAAAAGUUAAGUUGAAAGCUUACUGAAAUGUUAAUGCUGGUUUUAAAGGUCAUUGAAUGGCCUUUAAUGAUAGUAGUGGUAGGAUAAACGUCUAACCUGGAUGUUUUCUUUUCACACAGCUUCUGGGGAGGAUCAGCCGGACGUCAAUGUGGUGCUGUCAGCUUACAGCCAGCAGGGGGACCCAGCUCUGUACGGGGUUUACUACAGCGGCCUGAAAAGAUUUAUCGAAUCAGUUUUAGACUGUCAUCGAGCAGAGUUGUCCCAAGUCUUCUACCCACUGUUUGUGCACAUGUACCUGGAGCUUGUGUACAACAAUCACGAAAAUGAGGCCAAGGUGUUCUUCGAGAAGUGAGUCCCUGAAGCUUUGCGCAAUCUGCUCAGUUGAAGGCAUUAUAAAAUAUGUCAAAACUACAUCACUUUGUUUCCUUUCUCAUCCAUCGUAGGUUCAGUGGGGAUCAGGAAUGCUACUAUGAAGACGACCUGCGUGUUUUGUCUGGCCUGACUAAGAAGGAACACAUGAGAGCCAAUGAGACCCUGCUGGACUUUCGCACCAGCAAGUUUGUGUUGCGGAUCUCUCGUGACUCUUACCAGCUGCUCAAGAGGCACCUCCAGGAGCGGCAGAACAACCAAAUCUGGAAUAUCAUCCAAGAGCACCUCUACAUCGACAUCUUCGAUGGCAUGCCACGCAGCAAGAGCCAGAUUGAUGCCAUGUCGGGCAGCUUGGCAGGAGAAGCCAAGCGGGAGGCCAACAAAGCUAAGGUUCGAUUUGAAUGCAGACUUUUAAAAAUGUGCAGUCAUGGUAUUCCAGUGUUUAACAACAUUGUCAAUAUGUGGUCUGUUCCUGCUCCAUCAUCCUCUAAUUAGGUUUACUACGGACUGCUGAAGGAACCAGAAAUUGAGCUGCCCCUUGAUGAUGAGGAUGAAGAAGCGGAAAAUGAGGAGGGUAAACCUAAGAAGAAGAAACCCAAGAAAGACAGCAUGGGCUCCAAAAGCAAAAAACAGGAUCCUAAUGCACCUUCACAGACCAGGUAGAAAGCUAUCUGAGCAACUCUGUCCUUUUUAACCUAAACUUGUAAAUAAAAGCUCGUAUUUGAUCUUAUUCACUUCUCAAACACCAAAACUUUUCAUGUAGAAAAAAGCAACAUUGCACAUGUUACGGUUAGGUACAAGACAAUAAAUUUAACAAUCCAGUCAGCUGCGCUUCCACUUCAGGUGUCAGUCCCAUGAUGAUGAAAGUUCUACUUUAAGGGAUCCACAUUUGAAAAAGAGAGCAUCAUGAGUUUACGCAUUCAUGUCAAACCUUCUUUUCACGGUCCAGAAUAAUGUGGUGGUGUUUUUCUUGUGGUGUAGAAUACCUCUUCCAGAAUUAAAGGAUUCAGACAAGCUGGACAAGAUCAUGUACAUGAAGGAGGCCACCAAGAAGAUACGCCUGGGACCAGAUAACCUCCCGUCCAUCUGCUUCUACUCUUUUCUAAAUGCUUACCAGGUAAACUACUCACAGUAAAUCACAGCGACAAACUUUAAAUCCAACCUUUCAACACUUUUACUGGGCUGGAGGGGCAACUGGCAGAAUCUGCUUACUGACAGAAUCCCACAGUAUGUAAUAACUUGACCCUGAGGCCAUGAAAACACCAUCGAUGUGUCAUCUGUGUUGCCCAUCCCUGCUUUUGGGGCUGCCUGUUAUUGAUCGCAUUUCCCCACCUUUUGCCCUGCAGGGUCUGACUGCGGUGGACUUUACAGACGACUCCAGCCUGAUUGCCGGAGGAUUUGCUGACUCGACAGUACGCGUUUGGAGUCUCACACCGAAAAAGCUCCGCAAGGUCAAGUCUGCAGCAGGUACAAGGGUGUGAGAGUGAUUGCUGAUGUGUGACUGACCACUUCACUGGAUGCUUUAAAAAAAAAAAACUUUUCCACAUAAAUCAUGUUUCUCCUGUCCUCUCCAUGAAGACUUGAAUCUGAUAGACAAAGAGUCAGAUGAUGUGUUGGAGAGGAUCAUGGACGAGAAGACAGCCAGUGAGUCAAAGAUCCUCUACGGCCACAGCGGUCCAGUAUACGGCAUCAGCUUCAGCCCAGACAGGUAGGAAUCCUCGCAUUACUGACUCGUGUUGACAAUUUGAAGGCAAUUUAAAAGUAGCUCAUGAAUUUUCUUAAGAUCUUUUACUUCUCCCUCGCAGGAACUAUUUGUUAUCGAGCUCUGAAGAUGGUACAAUCAGGCUGUGGAGUCUCCUAACAUUUACGUGUUUGGUAGGCUACAAAGGUCACAACUACCCAGUGUGGGACACACACUUUUCCCCUCAUGGGUACUAUUUCGUUUCUGGGGGGCAUGACAGAGUCGCCCGGUAAGUUUCUGCAGAGCUCAUCGUCUUGUGUUUUUUAUGUAAUACAGAAAUAAACUCCACUGUCCAUACACAGCAUCUCUGUCUACAGCUGUCUGACUCGUGUUACAGGCUAUGGGCAACAGAUCAUUACCAGCCUCUGCGGAUAUUCUCUGGUCACCUUGCUGAUGUCACUUGCACCCGCUUUCAUCCCAACUCCAAUUACGUCGCCACUGGGUCUUCAGAUCGCACCAUCCGGCUCUGGGAUGUCCUGACUGGAAACUGUGUCCGGAUUUUCACUGGUCACAAGGUCAGACAUGUAACCAAAGCUGGUGUUUGUGUCCACAUUCAAAGCAAUUCUGUUCCUUAUUGUCUGUAAGGAACAGUUUCACACUAGAUGAAUUUAAUGAAACCCACUGAAAUGAGAAGGACACGCAUGCCAACUAAGUGCAGAGUUCAUACCUUGUUGUUUAACUGUUGUGUAAAUUUUCUCCACAUUCAGAGAGCGAAGUGUUUUAGAUGAACUGAUAUGUACUGACCUGAAUGUCUUCAAAGCCAGUCUUUAACUCUAUCUUAAUAUAUCUUCUAGGGUCCCAUUCAUGCGCUGGCUUUCUCUCCUAAUGGGAAGUUUCUAGCUUCAGGAGCCACUGAUGGCAGAGUUCUUCUGUGGGACAUUGGUCACGGGAUUAUGAUUGGAGAGCUUAAAGGCCACACAGACACAAUCUACUCACUGAAGUUCAGCAGGGAUGGGGAGAUUCUUGCGUCUGGUGGGUGGCCCAUAUUUUUUUAUUCCAUCUACUGAACAUAAAAUCUGACCUAGAGAAUGAUGAAGACCCCGUCCCUACUGUCAUUGAUUUAUUGAUGUUAAUACAUUCAUAAUGUGGCUUCAUUGGCUUGCAUUUGACUUGUUUCAUUUUUUUUAAUGUCCAGGCUCCAUGGACAACACGGUUCGUCUGUGGGAUGCUACAAAAGCAUUUGACGAUUUAGAAACUGAUGAUUUCACGGCAGCUACAGGACACAUCCAUCUACAAGACAACUCCCAGGAGCUUCUGUUGGGAUCCUACAUGACCAAAUCCACACCUGUAAUUCACCUUCACUUUAGCCGCAGGAAUCUGCUGCUGGCUGCCGGGGCCUACAAUCCAUGAGACAUCAGUGAAUUGUGAGAGAAUAACCUACAGACAGUCUAGAGAAAGCAAACCUGUGCUCUCCGAGCACCUUCAACAGUUUGUUGUGCAGUUGGAAGAACACAAACUAUAAUAUUGACAAAUCGACACCUGUAUACAUCUGUGUAUAAAGAUAGCCAGCUAUGAUUGUGGCCCUCAGUCUGAAGCCUUGGACUGAUAAAAGUGCCAUUGAAGAUUGAGAAACUGUUUUUUUCUUUUUAUCACUGCCAUGAGUACAGCAACAAAUGCUGACAUUGGGACUUUGACUAUACUAUAGUCUUUUAUACUGGUGGACACUGUAAAUAAAACAAGUGUUUUCUAUUUUU